AGAAACUCCACAUUUCGUCGGAAAAGUCAAGGUAAAUAAUUGUGCAGCAGAAACCGGAAAAUUCGCGCCACCCCCCUGGAAAAUCAACCCUUGGAACUCCAAAACGUAAGCAGGUCGUCGGUUCAUCGAACUUCCGCCAGAUACAGAAUCCGAAUAGAAAAACACAAAGGAGUUGAGACGAGAAAAAAUGCCAGAUAUUCCAUUUGUCUUGAAUCUGGACUCCCCGGACUCCAUGUACUACGGGCAUGAUAUGUUCCCCAACCGAUUAUAUCGACGCCUCCAUUCGCGGCAGCAUCAUGAGCUGGACCUGCACACUCUGGGUCUGAUUGCCCGGAUGGGUGCCCAUGCCCAUCACCUGGUGGCCAAGAAGCAUAGCGGAGAGCUGGGCGCCCUGGGUGUGAGUGGACCCCUCAAGAAGCAGGGCAACUUCGAGGUGCACUUGGAUGUGGGUCUCUUCGAGCCGGGUGAGAUCAGCGUGAAACUGGUCAACGACUGCAUCGUGGUCGAGGGCAAGCACGAGGAGCGGGAGGACGAGCAUGGUCAUGUGUUCCGGCACUUUGUGCGUCGCUAUCCGCUGUCCAAGGAGUAUGAUGCCGAUGCCAUUGCCUCCACUUUGUCGGAGGAUGGAGUACUUAACAUAACAGUCCCUCCACUGGUGUCCAAGGAGGAGACCAAGGAGCGUGUGAUUCCAAUCAAGCACGUGGGUCCAUCCGAUCUCUUCCAGAACGGCAAUGGAAAAAAGGAGGCAGCCGCUCCAGCAGCAGACUCCAAGUAAAGAGCAGCCCAGUUUAGCUUCAGCAGCCAAGUGAUUUCCAAAGACUCUCGUUUAUCGUUGCACCAAAAAAAAACGUCACUAAAAUUACGCACGCAUCGUACUAUAUUUAUUCAUUUAUUAUUAGCUACAUUUUAAAGUCCAAUCCCAUUUUAAGAUUAAUCAAAAUCAAGUAUUAAUAAAGUAGUAUGAAUGUCUCAGUAAA